AUGUCGUCGAGAUGUAACACUGAGUCUCAGUGCAGAGAUGGGGCACAGGGCGUCCAGCUGGGCAAUGAUGAUAUCCUGGAACUAGACAGUGCUCCAAGAUCGCAAUCAGGCCGGAGGGCGACUGGCUCGGGUCCCUCCGCUGGAACCCGAAGCCGCCGCGGAGCCACUCCGGACGGGCCUGAUACCACGGUGGCGCUCCCGCUAAGAGAAUAUGGAGCUCCUGCGGGGCCCAACCAGCUGUCACCCCUCCAAGGCUUUCUGAAUGAAGUUUUGAAGCUAGAAGCCCCAGGUGGUUCUGUUGCCUGCCUCCUGAGAGGAGAGAUCACAUUUUCCCAGUGGGUGCCAUUCAUUGAAGAAGACUGCAGGAAACGCUCUAAGAACUCUGGAAUCCACCUCCCUGAGAAGUUCUCUAUAAAUCAAAUCUUUGCCAAGGCAAUUUCAGAAAGAAACAUCAACCACCCCAUGCUUCAAGCAGCUCUCGCUCUCAGAAAGAAGGGAUUUACAACAUGUCUCCUCACCAACAACUGGCUGGACGACAGCCCCCAGAGAGGCAGCAUGGCCCAGCUGUUGUGUGAGCUGAGGCCACACUUUGACUUCCUGAUAGAGUCAUGUAGGAUUGGAAUGGCCAAGCCUGAGCCUCAGAUCUACAAGUACGUGCUGGACACCUUGAAGGCCAGCCCCAAUGAGGUGGUUUUCUUGGAUGACCUUGAGGCUUAUCUGAAGCCAGCCUGUGACUUGGGAAUGGUCACCAUCCUCGUCCAUGACACUGACACAGCCCUGAGAGAGCUGGAGAAAGUAACCGGGAUGCAGCUUCUCAAAACUGCAGCCCCUCUGCCGACCCCAUGCAAUCCAAACGACGUGAGCCAUGGGUACGUGCCCAUAAAGCCUGGGGUCCAUCUGCAUUUUGUGGAGCUGGGCUCUGGCCCCGCCGUGUGCCUUUGCCAUGGAUUUCCUGAGAGCUGGUUCUCUUGGAGGUACCAGAUCCCUGCUCUGGCCCAGGCGGGUUUCCGGGUUCUAGCUGUGGACAUGAAAGGCUAUGGAGACUCAUCCGCUCCUCCUGAAAUAGAAGAGUAUUCCAUGGAAGUGAUAUGUAAGGACAUGGUCACUUUCCUGGAUAAGUUGGGUAUCUCUCAAGCCGUGUUCAUUGGCCACGACUGGGGAGGCAGCCUGGUGUGGAACAUGGCUCUCUUCUACCCUGAGAGAGUGAGGGCGGUGGCCAGUUUGAAUACUCCCUUCAAGCCAGCAGAUCCCAACGUGUCCCCAAAGGAUUUCAUCAAAGUCAAUCCUGUUUUUGAUUACCAGCUCUACUUCCAGGAACCAGGAGUGGCUGAGGCCGAACUGGAACAGAACCUGAGUCGGACUUUCAAAUGCAUCUUCAGAAGAAGUGAUGAGCGUUUUAUCUCCACGAGCAGAGUCUGUGAAGCAGGAGGAAUCUUGGUGAGAUCCCCAGAGGAGCCCACCCUUAGCAGCAUCCUCACUGAGGAGGACCUCCAGUUCUAUGUGCAGCAGUUCAAGAAGUCUGGUUUCAGGGGUCCCCUAAACUGGUAUCGGAACCUAGAAAAGAACUGGCAGUGGGGCUGCAAAGUCUGGGGACGCAAGAUCCUGAUUCCCGCCCUGAUGGUAACCGCGGAGAAGGACAUCGUGCUCGUUCCUGAGAUGUCCAAGAACAUGGAGGACUGGAUCCCCCACCUGAAAAGGGGCCACAUUAAGGAUUGUGGACACUGGACACAGAUGGAGAAGCCCACCGAGUUGAAUCAGAUCCUCCUCGAGUGGCUGGAAACUGAUGCCAAGGACCCACCGGUGGUCCUGACGCUUUAGAGUUUGACAUGUGCCAGCCCGCAGCAGGCCUUCAGCACUGUCCUCUGCUGGGACGCUGCUCUUGGUGACCAGAUGGGGCCUUACCAGCCUCUCUCACAGCCGGCAGCAUUGUUCUGAAGGGGUUUGCAGCAGAGUGAUUUUCUUUAAAUGGAGUGGGUCAAAUUUGACGUGAUUUUAAGUAGAGGAAGAAUCACGUGUGAUUAAUUCUCUGGGUAUAAAUGCAUU